CACACUGAGCCCCGCUGCCUGCAGGAGCCGCUUUAUAAAGAGCUAAAUUUACCAAACUUUACGUUGUUUCCUGAGCUCUCACAAUUGGCCAGCCCUUGUCCGGUUAGAGAGUUAUAAGGUUUGGAGAACCUCCUUCCACUUUUAAACUUGUUCAUGCCUUUGGAGUGCAGAAGUGGAGAGCGACAGUGAAAGAGACGCACAGGUUCUGGUGCGACUUUGACAAGAAAUAGCUUUUAUUUCACCAAACGAUGGCCUUAUCCGGAGUGAUGCUACCGUCAUUUUCAACAUUCACAAACCAAAGAGAAAAAACCUAUGAAAACAGGUGGAAAGGAGAUAUGGACAAACUAGUCUCCAACAGCAGCUGCUCCAUGAUGGAAAUGGUACACAACCUGGACAAUCACAGCAAAAGGGACGACGAGGAUCUGAGUAACUACUUAGAUCUGGAUUUUAUCCUCGCCAACACGACGGGCUCUGACAGCACAGCGGAAUUUGUGGGCACAGCCGACCCCAGCAUGUACACGGCGGGAAUCACUGUGCCAUCCUACCCGGGAGACGACCACCGCUCCCCGCCGCCGCCGUACGGCGCCAGCCUCAUGACAGAGCUGCUCCGCUCCGAGGGAACCAACAGCUAUGACAUUGCCCGCAACUCCUGCUUUCAGGGAAGAUUUUAUGUCAACACGGCACAUUUUCCCCGCCAGGAAAUCAAAGUUGAGCCCCCUAUGGACGGUUACGGCCCCGUUUUAGGCAUGGUGCCCCAAAGCUGCAAAAUCAAGCAAGAAGGGAACGUUUCGUGCAUGAUGUCUUUUGAGCAGCCCAGAGUGGCCAUCUCCCCACGAGCAUCCAGCAACAUGACCCCGCCUCUCAGCCCCGAUGAGCAGGGAGCCUCAGACUGCCAGGCACAGCUGUGCCAGCCCAUGAACUUCUCUCAGAAGUAUCACACACCGGCGGCUUUCCCGCACCACCACCAGGCUCCACAGAUGCAAAUGGCCUACCACGCUCCGCAUACUGCCUUUGGCAUGUACGAUGAAGGGCUCAGCAUGCAGCCAGGCGCGCAGAGGGUGAUGCUCACACCGCCCUCCUCCCCCCUUGAGCUGCUGGAGUCAAAACCAAAGAGAGGGCGGCGCACAUGGCCGAGGAAGCGCACAGCAACGCACACCUGCAGCUAUGAUGGAUGCGGAAAAACCUACACCAAGAGCUCACAUCUGAAGGCACAUCUCAGAACUCAUACCGGCGAGAAGCCGUACCACUGCAGCUGGGAAGGUUGUGGGUGGAAAUUCGCCCGCUCCGAUGAGCUGACCCGUCAUUUCCGCAAACACACCGGACACAGGCCCUUCCAGUGCCACCUGUGUGAACGUGCCUUUUCCAGGUCUGACCACCUGGCACUUCACAUGAAGAGACACAUGUGAAGGAGGCCACAUAAGGACAUGGGGUUAUGUUAUUUUUUGUUGUGAUUCAACUGAUGUAUUUUUAUUUAAAUUGUUGUCCACAUGACCAAAUUGUUGACCAAAUUGUUGUCCACAUGACCAAGUUUAUAUAUAUAUAUAUAUAUAUAUAUUAUAUAUAUAUAUGCUAUAUAUAUAUAUAUAUAUAUAUGCUAUAUAUAGUCUAUAUAUAUUAUAUAUAAUAUUGAAUUAAAAAGUUUAGUUGUAUUAUUUUCUAAUAACGUAGCUGGUACUACUUUGGUUCAAUAAAAAAGCUUUAGAAAAGCUUUGUUUGCUUUAGAGCAGGAAGACCAAGAAGGGGCUGGCCCUGUAUAUAUUACUCCUAUUUGACAGAACUGGAACGCUGUGUUUGACACAAAAGUGCCUUUCUAUGACUGUGCUACUGUAAAACUCUUAGUGACAGAACGACAUGGCCACAUUUAGUACAUGUUCUUAUUGACAGGGGUGAAAUGCACAUAGUUGCCUAACAUGUGCAGGGACAAUGUUUUAUUUAAACUGCCUCUCAAUGUCUGAACGGCCUGAACUGCUUUAUUUUAUUGCCUUUUCAUAUUUGGUGUUGAUGUUGUCUCUAUGUGAAUAUCUUGGAUCCAGCCCCUCAGUUCACUAUCAGGGCUUGAUGUCCUGUGCAUUAUUUUUCACUUAAAUUUAUAUAAAUAUGUACAUGGUUUUAUACUGUAAAAUGUAUAUUUAUUGUAAAUAUUAAAAACAAUGAAAUUGAA